UUUUCUAUUUACUUUCAGAUUCAUAUUGAACCACUCAAAAUCAUGUGAACUAAGAUAAGCUCCAAGAAAAAGUGCUUCAAUUAAGUGCAACGACAACAAGAAGAACAAAAAAAAAUUAAAUUAUAAGAAAAAAACAACAACUAUUGAGGAAUAAAUAAUGACAACAACAAUAGAGAUAAGAGCAAUUCAUACACCCACUAAAGCUACAACAAGUACAACAAGAGAAACCAGAAAAACAAAACGAAUCACUAAAAGAACAAUAAGAAUAAAAAACAAACAAUUGCAUAAAAGACUACAACAACUACAACUAGGAGAAAAACUGCUAAAUGAAACUAAAAGUAAAUCAACAGCAGCAGUUACAACAACAAGAGAAAUACUUACAUAAACAAAAACACAAAAACAAAUACAAAUUUGUGCAAUAAAAACUAUUAUAAUAACAAACGAAAUUCUUCUGUUUUGUGAAAAACAAAUUAUUAUUACGAUUUAAUACCUCUAUCUUCCUCUAUCCCGAAAAAAGAAGGUCUAUGGAAAUCCUAUUCAAAACUUUACAACUACCACCAUUACCGCCACCUUUAGCACUACCACCAUCACUACCACCACCCACAGUAGUCACUGCAGCAAGACAAGGUAAACGAAACGUCUCGUUACUAGAACAUUUUGUUGAAAGCUUUCAGUAUCCGUAUUGGCAUCCGUUUGACAUUACAAUAAUACCAUCGCCAGCAACAACAAACUGCAGCUGUUGUAGUGAUAAUGAGGAAAUUAGUCAUUUGCCUUUUAGUUUUUGGGCUCUACGCAAUACAGACAGUAGUGGGACAUAUGAACAGUGACCCUGCGCCAGGACGUUCACCAGGACCACCUGUAGAUUUCGCAAUAAACCCAAACAGAACAACAAACGACGAAGAUAUAUUAGACAAUAACACCAGCAACAACAUCAACAACAACAAUGUACAUGUAAAUAACGAACAUGUUGCUACAACUAAUGCUGCAACAGCAUAUAUACAAAGUCAACAACAGCAAAUAGAAAUUAACCACAAAAACGAUUUACAACUAAACCACAAUAACAACAACAACGAACCGGAAGUAAAGUCUAGUGAUACUGAAUCACUUAAUGACUCUUACCGACAUUUAGCAACAAACACAAAAUUCAAUGUUCAUAAUAAUGAUGAGGCCAAUAAAGGUGACAAUGAACAUCUUCAACAACAACAAAAUAAAAAUGUAAAAAAUGCUUAUGAUGAAAUAACCACUUUUCCAGUGGCCACUGAAACAUCAUCUCGUUUAGAAGAUGCAAUUAAUUUUCAAUUAACAAAUGAAAACAAUUAUCGUAGUUCUUUAGAUAAUAACCAACAGAAACAGAACAAUGAUGAAACCACAUAUAAUUAUCCAACAAAUAACGGGGAAUCAACAAUUACGCUUAAGGAGAACAAUGUCAAAGAACAAGUGGAGAUGGUGGACGAACUGGAACAGUUGACACUACAGAAAAAUAUUGAUUUACCCGCCAGCACACAUGAAAAGUUACGUCAACAUACGAAAACAAUACCCGCCAUAUCAACUCAAACACAUGCACAAUAUAAGAAUGGCAAUAUGGAAACAUCUUCAACAUCAUUGUUUUCUCCCAUGCCUGCCUCCAGCUCAUCAGUGUCAUCGUCAUCGUCAACAACAGCAUCAUCAUCAUCUUCAUCCUCCUCCACCUCCUCUUCAUCUUCCUCAACAUCGUACUCAUCUUGUCAUUCAGAUCUCAAUGAUUUUCUCAAUGAUGCUACUGUGAUUGAAGUUGAUGAUGAUGAUGAUAAUAAUAAUAAUGACAGCGUUACAAACGCCUCGAACACCUCUUCCUCCUCCCAAUCACAGUCAUUGCCACCAUUAUUGCACGGCUUUAAAAUCCAAUUGCAACUUUAUCAUGAUGUCUUUGAUGCCUCAACUGCAUUUGGCAUCAACUGCGGUUUACUGUAUAAAAUACGACUUACAACAAGUUUACCAACAUUAACGGAGCCAUUGCAAUCAUCUUACACAACGUCAGCUUCAUCAUCAGCAGUAACACCAGAAAUGCAAAAUCCAACAAUCCGCCAAUACACAGGAGAUUUUUUUGUUGAUACUGUUUCGCUUUUAAGUUCCCAAGAACGUGGUAGUUUUGUAACAAACAAUGAUAGUGGAACGAGUGAUGAUGCCAACGAUUCUAAUGGUGACGGUAGGGAUGAUGUUAGUAACGGUGGCAGCAGUAGUGAAAACUUAGGCAACAAGUUGCCAAUUUCAUGGUUCGCCACAUCUCAGCAUACGGGGAAUUGGCAAAUGAAAAACAGCGUCAAUACACCCAAACAUACAAACGCUCAAGCGUUAACAAAAAACUUAUAUAAUACUAAUGCUAUGUCUGACGAAGAAACACAAAAUGGGCAAGAAGUUGAUGGUGUUGGUGAUGACGAUGUUGCAAAGAAGGAAUCUCUUGAAGUAGAAGAAAAUGUUGACAAUAUACCAUCAAAUGGUUUUUAUAAAGCAACAAAAAAUGGCUUUAAGCUAAGACAACGACAAAAACAACAACAUGACACAAACUACAGCAACAACAACAGCAAUAAAUGGCAUUAUGUAGAUAAUGUAGCUACAUCCUCCUCCUCCUCCUCCACAUCCACAGCUACUAAGAAAAAACGCAGAAAAUCAGCCGAGAUUGAAAAUACAACAAAUAUCUGUUCAUCGGAAAAUAAAUGGCAGGGUAAAACAAAAAGCAAUACUAAUACUGCUGGCGGCAUUAGUACUGAAUCCCUGGGUUUAUGGUUGGUAAAUGAGCUUUGUGAGCAAGACGACACCAUUGAGUUUAGAGUGUUUUUUCGCUUGAAAUUCAAAACGAACAACUUGCGUAGCAACAGUAACAGUAACAGCUCGUAUUCCAGUAAUAAUGUCUGGUUAAAUGCUAGUGACAAUAUGGGUCAUCGUAGUGCCAGUGCAACAAAUGUCGAUGAAGCACAAAAAAUAGUGGUAUAUAGAAAAACUUUUCAAUUUAAAAUACGCAAAGACUGCCAUUUAAUAUUACGUGAAACUUCUAUGGGUACUUUGGACUAUACCAUUCUGCCUUUAUACUGCAUAGAUUGUACAGUACAUUUUCCCUCCUAUAAACAUCUCAACAAUAAAAACGAGGCCUCCGAACCCAAUCAACCACCACCAGGCAUGCUCGUAGAGCUACAACGACUCAAUGUACCCUGUGCCAGUGGAGGUUAUGUACGCUUUAGCGAUCAUAAGGUAUUAUGUGGCAAACUCGAAGAAUUAGAGGCCACCGAUCGUGUCUAUCAUUUUAAUGUUGAGGAUGAUGAGGCCUCCGUGCAAUUCUAUAGGAAUCCUAUGUUUAGCUUAAGUUAUAAAUUAGUCGAUUAUUGUUAUAAUGUAAAUACAAGUAAUGGAAGUGGUGAAUUUUAUAUACGACCAAGUAUGAAAGACACCUUAGAGUGUUACUUUCGUAUACAUCUGCCAUAUGGGAAUCGUGUACUGCUGCGUAUGGUGACCAAUAAUGACAGCGAUAUUUUGCCCAUGCCGACCUUAAUGUCGGAUAUUGGUGUGGGCGAUGCUGUACAGGAGGAGGAAUUGUAUACGAUCUUUACGAGUCAGGGGACUACAGUAGAUGCACAAGUGAUAAAUUUAACUGUAAAUAGUGGUAAUAAUUUUGGUGCUUAUUCUUCGUUUUCGUCGUCAUUAAUGCCAUUUUAUAAACUGCCCGAUAUGAAUGCAACAAAUAAUCGUAAGUUAUUGGGGGAGCAUAAAGCUUUUGCUAGUCUAGGCUUGGAUUCUUUUGGAUUUUUGGCAGCCACUAAGGCUAAUCUGCAAAUGGCCUUUUCGGGCACGGCCAAUUGUGUAGGUGUAGUGAUAAAGGUGUUUGAAAAUGAUCAUUCCAAGUGGUCACAUUGUGUCAAUAAUACCAAACAUAUGCGUGGCUUUAUUUUGGAAUCCUCUAGUAAUACCUUAAGUGUACAUCUUUUUCGUGCUGGCUCAACUAGUAAAGAGCAUAACCGAGAGGAGAGUAGAACGUUGUCAGAACAGCAAAUAAAUAGACCUUUAAUGCCCGCUAUUUAUUUGUCUUAUCAAGCAAGACCAUUAACUAAUAUUGUCUCAAAUUGUGCCUUCGGUUGGAUUGCUAUGGAGCAAUUUUGCAUAGCAGCCAUUGAACUCUCCAUGAACUGGCAUGAGGCCGAGAAACAUUGCUCCAAAUUGGGAGGUCAUUUGGUAUCGGUGCGUAAUGAGCAACAGCAACAGACCAUCAACGAGUUGUUGCUUAAUAGUCCCGGUUAUACCGAUCAAAAUGCCUAUUGGGUUGGUGGUUCGGAUAAAAGUUAUGAGGGUGACUUUCGCUGGAGUGAUGGUUUAAUAUUUCAAUAUACCAAUUGGUUUCCGGGCUGGUCUCAACAUGGUCAUUAUAAUAAACAACCCAACGAUGAUGGUCUUAGUAGUCAGGAUUGUAUAGAGCUGAGACGUUACUUUCGUACACCACCCGGUGUGCAAAGCAGUCGUAGUCCUUUAACCAACAAAUACAUGUGGAACGAUAGAGACUGUAGUGCCAAUAACUUUUUAAUCUGUGAAAGAGCCAUGAGUGAUGAUUCCUUGAGACGCAAUUGGAUUAACGAUUGCAAUAAAACAGUGUCAUUGAGUAAAGAACAUCCAAGAGCUUCCAUAUGGAGUCCCUCAUUUCCCCGCCAAUAUCCCGAUAAUGCAAAUUGUUUUACAACAAUUACAGCACCAGCGGGUUAUCGUAUAGUCAUCGAAUUUGAAGAACUUGUCAUAGAAAAUGAACAAGGUUGUACUUAUGAUUAUCUAGAGAUUACCGAACCCAAACAUUCAGAAUCUCUUAGAACGUCUACAAAAUCGACAUCUUCCAAAUAUCGUUAUGCCCCAAGUAUCGAUAGCAAUAUACAGAACAGUCUUAAUCUUAAUCUUAAAUUUAACUAUAAUAAUCCUAAUUUAAGAACGUUUCGUAAGCGCAGCUCUUAUGAUUCUACGUCCUCAACAUCCUCAGCAAAUAGUUUAAGAUAUUUGCCCAAUUCGGCAAUGACUGCUGAUCAUGUCUAUGCACCCCAAAAUACUGACUACAACGGCUAUGAUUUGGCUCAAAAUAACUAUCAAAAACUAUUACAAAUCUAUUCCAGUCUUUAUAGUCCACGUAAUAAUUUCAUUAUACAAACUCCAGAUUAUCCCAAAGGAAAUCCUUAUUUGCAACAUCCAUCCACUACUUCAAAUAGUCAUAAUCAUCAUAGCAAUAACAAUAACAACAAUAAAGCUAAUCAAGAAGUCUUACCCAAACGUUUGUGUGGAGAUUGGAGCACAAAACUGAAAUUAUUGCGUUAUGUUUCUACAGGCUCCUAUUUGGGUUUACAUUUUGUUUCCGAUUACUCUCAUCAUUUUGGCGGUUAUAAGGCUAAAACCUAUAUGGAAAAUAGAAGUCAUUCGUUUAGUGCUGCAUCUGAAUGCUCGAAUGAACGUUUGAAACCCUAUAAUGGUUCAUGUUAUCUAUUCGUUUCAUAUCCGGAAGUAGAUUGGUGGACAGCACAACAAGUGUGUCGGGGUAUGGGAGCUAAAUUGACAUCAGUAUCAUCGGCUGAUGAGCACAGAUUUAUAACCUCCAAUAUCCGUAAUCAAAUUGACUAUUCGCCACAAUUGAUUUAUUGGCUGGGGGCUGAAUUGGAAAAGAAUGGUCAAUUCGAAUGGACAGAUGACUCUAAAAUGAGCUUUCAGGGUUGGCUACCUGGUCAGGGUCAAUUUGAUGCAAUGCCCUCUGAUGCCACUUGCUUGGGUUUGCAAUGGAAAAUGUCGCCCACUCCAAUGCUACCAUCUGGUCUUUAUUGGCAAUCGCAAAAGUGCAAUAAAGUUGGUGGUUACGUGUGUAAGAAACCAAAGGAAUCAUUUGGUAAUUUUGCUUUUAGUAAUUUUACGGUAACAGGAACGGAAGGACGUCUUGUUUCGCCAGCAUACCCAAAUACGUAUCCGUUAAACAUUGACUAUUGGAUACAUAUUAAAGCAGCCGAGCGUACAAGGAUCAUUGUACAAUUUCAAAAAAUCGAUUUGGAGCCACAAGAUGAAUGUCUUUAUGACUUUAUAAGUAUACAGGAUUAUGAUAUUGUAUCGAAAAUAAUCCUAGAACCUGGCACAAAUACAGUACCAAUGGCAAUGUUGAUGUCAGAUGAACAAUUUACAGCUUAUGAAAAUGAUAACGAUAACGGCAUUGGAGAUGUUGAUGGCGGUGAUGGUGUUGUUGACGAUGAUAAUAAUCAGGAUGUUGACAAUAAUGGUGGUGACAAUGGUGGCAAUAAUGAUGCUACUGCUGAUGAUAAUGAUAAUAGUAGUAGUAGUGAUGAUGAUGCAGAUGACAGUGAUGACAAUGGUGCUAACGAUAACGAAACAACAACUUUUAACAAAAGAACUAAGAAGACGAAUAACCCUAAGUUGCAACUACAACAUCUUCAUCAACAACAGCAACAGCAGCCCCAUGUAAGAAUGCGUCGAAGUCUUUCAGUCACCUACAAGGCCAGACAAAGACGCAAACUUAUUGAAAGACAAACUCAAAGUAACAGUAAAAGUAAAAGUCAAAAUCGUAAGAGAAGGAGAAAAAGAAACCACACUGCCAAAUUACAACAAGACACACAAAAUUUUCAUCAUUUAGCAGCAAUGCAUCACAAAGAUGAAACGGUGGACACUGAACCGAAUUUACAAAAACGUAAUAAAAAUAAAUAUAAUAAGAACACAAGGUCGCAUCAUGAUAGCAACAAUAAUUAUGGUAAAAUACAACAUCAACAACAACAACACAUUAAACACAGACAGACGCCAAGGAAACAUCAACGUAAUAAGGACGUUGUGACAAGAGAAAAUCAACAUGGCAGUUCAUCCUGUAUUAAUGAAAAUCCCAAAAGAUGUAGACGAAAAAAGUCCGCAACGGAUAUUGAAAAUUUAAGAACAAAUAAAGCUUUAGUUAAGCUGCCAGCAAAUAUAGCACGUUAUCGUCGUAGCACAAUAUUAAGUGACAAUUCUCUACCUGCCUCCGAUAAUGCCCAGUCAUUUUUGCCCUAUGUACGUUGGUGUGGUUCGCACGAAUCGAAUAUGUCUAAAUUUGAUUUUGUUUCACGUUCCAAUGAGGUUAUGUUAAACUUUCACAGCGACUACUCGAUAACGGGUCUGGGGUUUGCUGCAGUGUGGAAGGCUAUUGAUGUUUCCGGUUGUCCUUUACGCACACUUACCUCCCGGGAAGGCACUAUUUUUUCGCCUAAUUACCCACAUUUUUUGCUCAAUAAUUUAAAUUGUGCUUAUGUGAUUCAGGCUCCGGUGGGCAAACGUGUCUGGCUGGAGUUUAUUGAAUAUGACUUCCAAUCGGACGCUUUGUUGGAGGUGGAUAUUGGUAAUGGUGUGUUUAGGCCAUUUCGUUUGUCGGAUCAUUUAAACGAUGGCAUGUUUGUGAGUUUAAGGGAACAGUUGAAGGUGCAAUUUCGAACGGGUCAACAUCCGAGAGGCAAAGGUUUCCAGGCUAUUUAUCAUACAGUUGCACAAAUGGAAAGACGUGAACGUAUCAUCAACUUGACCAGCAAUGACACUGGUUAUCUAUAUCAAUUGAACUAUCCGCAUGAUAUGGCUGAAAAUGUUGACUAUACACAACAUUUGGUGGCACCAUUCGGUCAUAAUAUUCUGCUAGAGUUGCAUGGUGUGGAAUUUACUGAGAAUGGUUGCCAGGAUAAUAAUUUGCUUGAGAUCUAUGAUAAUUAUGCCGACAAUAAUGGCACCAAAUGGCAACUAUGCAAAUUUCAAAAUGCUAAUUUUCAUACUGGCAGUCCUCUCGAUGACAACUACUUAACCACAAAUAUAUACGGACAACAUCCGGGGGAAUAUUUUCCAGAUUCAAACGAUAAUAAUAUGAAAACAACAUUGCCCGUAACAUUCAACGGAAAUAUGGAGACAUCAUCAGCAACAACAGUUGCUGAAUUUCUUCUACGUCAACAUCAACAACACCAGCAACAGUAUAGUAUACCAGUACCGGCGUCACCACCUCCCGUCUACAUAACAUCAUAUUUAAAUACGUUGUAUAUACGUCAGCGUACCACUGCCAAAUCCAUUGCCAAUCUUAAUUGUUCCAUAAGCUUACAGUGGGAUAAUAAUUACAAAAUAAAAUUAGCAUCUGGGGAUAAAAGUGUCGAAUCGUGUCAACCGAAUCCUUGUCAGUACAAUGGUAAAUGUGUGGUUAACAAUCGUACCAGCUACUGUCAGUGCCUGGGACAUUAUACAGGAAGAUUUUGUGGUUUAAAUUUGUGUGAAUUGGAACCCUGCGUCUUUGGUAAAUGUGAAUUAACUACGAAUAAUUUUAAGUGCCAGUGUCAACCUGGUUAUAUGGGUACGACAUGUGAACAAAAACAAAGACCUUGUGCUGACAAUCCUUGUGAGGGACGUGGUAUUUGUAUAGAGAAAAAUGGUGGUUUCUUUUGUCGUUGCUAUGCUUGGUGGGAGGGCCACCGCUGUGAAAAACGUAUGCUUCACAUACCUUACAAACCUUUAUCGGAGCGUAUGCUGCAGGAACCCUUUUGGUUGGGUCUAAUUACUGUAUUUGUGGUUUUAGCUGUUAUAGGUUUGGUUUGGUGUGCGAAGCGACAUUUUCCAGAGAAAAUCGAAAAACUAUUGGCUGAAGAAGCUGAUCGUAAUAGGCCACCUGGUUCUAUACAUGGACAUCAUCAUCACACAUCAUUGCGUGAACAAUUGCAAUUUACAACUGCCAUACCACAAACGACCGUUAAUAAUGCACCGGGUGCACCUCGUUCCAUAUUCAACAGAUUGGGUAUAAGAAAACCAUCAUUAUUGAGCCUCAGCAGCCCCAAUCCAGUACCUGGAGGGGGAGGGGCAGCAGCGCGUACAUUUUCUCUUGACGAUCUGUUACGACCGCCUCCCCGACGUUCACCCUCACCUCGCAAAAAACGCAACAAUUCUACACCGGUUAAGAAAAAUGCCGCCGAAAAGAAACAAAUUCUACAGCAAUUAGUUUCACCAGCCGCCCAACAGGCCAAGCCUAAAGUAAGUUUAGGAGAAUUGAUUUCAAUGUCGGAGAAUCGUUUGAGAGCCAGUAAUGUGGAUUCGGAAAGUGAUCUUAAGGAAACCACAUUUUCGGAAAAUACCGGCUCUUUAACAUCAGCCACAGUGGAGAGAGCGAUUAAUGAUCCAAAACUCGAAAAGAAGGUGACAUUUGCUCGUUUGCUGAAUAAAGUUUCAGCUGAAAUGAGUUCUGGUUCCGAGGUAGAUAUAGGAACAAUGGCGGCAACUCGUAAUUCUAGUGCUCUUAGCCUGCCAACUGACAUACAAAUGCGAGCAAGCUCCAUGCCACCAUCACCCUGCACGAACGAUAUGCGUUCACCACACAGCACAUCAUCUACGCACGGCAGUGAUUCAUUUUCAAGUUCCGAUCUGGCACUAACCGAUUUUGGUCUGCGUUCAAUACAAACCAGUGGAAGUGAAAUGGGCAGUACAACUAAUAAUCAACUAAGCGGUUUGCCAACGGGCAUGCCUGCACGCUGUCGCAUCGGUUCGCCGGCGCGUCCUAAAGUUUCUAGUGCCGACUCAAUACUCGCCAUGUUUCGUAAUUUUGCCAAUGCAGCUGGCAAUGCAUCGAAUACAACAACUAAUACAAUGCCAUCAACGACUUCGGUCUUUGUUUCGCCCUCAACAACGCCCACCGUCUCGAGUCCACAGGAUGAUGCACCCGGUGAUGAUGAGUCAUCUACAUCCUCUAUGCAUACACCGGUUAGUUUCUCUAGUGGUGCUCCCGAUUCACCGGUGUUCUAUCGUCAAACCACCAUCGAAGUGCCUGUAUUAGAUGUUCUAAAUGCGCACAAAACAUCGACGACCUCAACGUCGUCAUCAUCAUCGUCGAAUCUUUUGCACCCACCGACAAUAUUGCUUGAAAUACCGAGCAUUAACAAUAAGUGUCUUUCCCCCAUACGAGAGAUGCCAACGCCAAUACCAUCGCCGGCCCUAACACCGAUAAUGACGAGACCUCAACGCUCGAAUAGUCCCAUAUUUCAGGAAGAUCCCUCAUCCGGUGGAGACUUUAGUGAUGAUGACGAUAAGAGUGAUCGUAGUGAUACUCAGUUAUCGGAAAAACUAAGAAUUGGUCUGCAACGUGAAAAAUCCCGUCUACUCGAUACGGAUGUGGAGACAACACCAACCGAUACCACCACAACAUCGAUUGCGAACUUAAAUAAGCCAAUUGGUGGCCUCAAUUAUAAAAUACCCAAAUUGAGUUUUACACCCGCCAUAGCCACAGCUGCACCCAUGCAAACACCCGCCAUUACCAUAGAUAUAGAACCGCCCACGCCAGAGGAAAAACAAGCCAGACCCAGAGAUUUAAUUAUACCCACAUUGACCGUAGAACAACCCAGUCCCACGAAGAAUCGUCAUCCAAUGAUUAUAUUUCCAGGAUCACCACCACCACAACGAGCCAGCAUAGGUGAAACCAGUUUUAUGUUUCCAAAUAAACAACAACAAAAAAGGCUCUUAAAACAAUUUGAGAAACCCACUUCUUUGGAUUUCCCUUUUGCACCGCCUACAAUAACGGUAACAGCGAAUAUGAGCGAAUUGGAAUCGGACACAGAACCACUGUCCCCAGCUCCGAAAACUGGUGUCAGUGGGGGUUUAAUGCCUCCCAAUCCGGUGGGCAUGUGUUACCUAAGUCCGUUUACCAUGUGUACUCGAGCAGAUCGUACAAUAUCCGAGAGUAAUCUAAGCUCAUCGGGUUACUCGAGCAUGGCUAGUCCGGGACCAAGCCGUUGUGGCUCUAGUAAUCCUUUAUACCCCAAUGAAAUGGAUGAACCGGGCAGUGGUCACACGGGACCGGGACUCUCUUUACAUGUUAAUUUGCUGAAUAGACGUAAAUCAUCUAUGCUGCCCAGCUGCAAAGAGAACAUCAGCAAUGGCAAGUGUACGGGUUCUGCGACAGGUGCCAAUACUGAUCGACUGCAUACGCAUCGUCCUCGUUCUGAUUCGGAAACUUUUUCCGAUGAUAUACUCAUAGAAUCCAAUGACGAGGGCAUAGGCACAGAUCAUGUUGACGAAAAAUUGGAUGACACCCGUUUAAGUUCGCGUCGCUUCGAUAUGUUCCUCGACGAUGAGAUACUAAUCGAAGUUGAUGAACCGCCUUCAACGACCCUGCCCCCUACAUCAGUGCCACUGCUAGGUGGCAACAACUUACUUAGCACCAAUUGUGGCCCUCAAAUGGCACAACUACAACUGCCUUCUAUUGUGAUACAAAUCGAUGGUUGCGGUGAUAAGACCCUAUCACCCGUAUCCUCGCGCUCCGAAAGUCCUCUAAGUGAGCGAGCCGGCAUAGGACGUUUCUCGCCUCACUUCUAUGGACGCAAAGAUCAACUGCCAUUCACGGACUCCGAUGGUCUGUAUGAUUUUCCAUCGUCCGAUGGCAAAGGCACCUCAGUGCAUACGUUUUCGCAUCAACGACGCAGUAGCAGUAAGAAACGUGAACGUAAAUCCUCCAAGUGCUCGUCGACUCAGUCGCCGACGAAACAACAAUUGGAUUUGCCCUCCAAAGAGUCGUUGAACACUUCGUCCACGCCCAGUAGUAUAACACAUAUUUGCAACAAGCAUUGCCAUUCACAUCACCAUCCAUGCCCUGCCGUCACGGUCACUACGCGUAAGAGUCCCAAAAGACGUUUGCUCAAUCGCCAUCCGGUGGCGAGUAGUUCUUCGUCAUCGGAAAGUUUAAAUUCAGCCAAGGAGUUGACUGUGAGACCUUUACCUAGGCGACUUAAUUCGCCCAAUCGUGAGAAGAGACCACGUAAACAAGAGAGUUUAAGUGAGGAUGAGGUGGCUGAUUCUAUUUUAAGGCGCAUUUCACCCAGUAUUGUUAAGACGGAAGAUGAAACGGUCAGACCUAAGUGUAAAAUUAAUCGUUUAAGAGCUAUAGGAAAUCAAAUAAGAUUUCUACGACGCUUAGAAAAAUCCAUAAAAACCCGCGAACGUAUUGCCUCACCCUCUGACAGUUGUCCCGAAGAAAAUACCGAUGACAUGGAUUCACCACAGGCCUCAUCACCGCUACUGCAACCAACUUCACCCAGUAAAACACGUUUGGCAUUGUGUCGACAAAAACGUCUUCCUAGUGGGACAUAUGGUAUAACAGCGGCAGCACUCAAUUCCAGCAAUUGGAAGGGCAUGGAUCGUAGUCUGAUUGGAGAUGACUUAAAUAGUGAUUAAGUUUAAGAAAGACACACACAAAACGGAAAACUAAAGUAAUGUU